AUGACAGAAAUAAGAAAUAUAAUAUUAAUAGGUCGCACAGGAAGCGGAAAAUCAUCGCUAGCAAAUGUGAUGGUUAAUAAAAAUGAUAAUUUUGAGGAGGUGUUUGAGGAAAAAGGAAAAUCCAUUAGCGUAACUAAGGAAAUUAAAGAAGAAAUUUUUGAAGUUUUCAUAAAUAGAGAUGGCAGUAAAAAAAUAACAUAUCGAGCAAUUGAUACCAUAGGAAUAGGUGAUACCACAUUGACCCCCCAAGGAGUGUUGAUGAGUCUAGCGACGAUAGCUGGUCGGGUAAAAAAAGAAGGUUUAAAUCAGAUACUUUUUGCAACAAGAGGCAGAUUUUCCAAGGAGGAGAUUGAAGCUUAUGAUUUAUUGAGUUCUGUUAUUUUUGAUAAGGAUGUUCUUAAAUACACGACAAUUGUGCGAACAGGUUUUCCGGAAUUCGAAGAAGAUAAAAUUUGUAAUGAAGACAAGAAAGCUCUAAAAGAGGAAAACGCAGAUUUAGCUCAUAUAAUUCGCUCGGUUGAAAUUAUUUAUUUGGAUAACCCUCCAAUAAAUAUUGCUGGUAGUGGGAAAAGAAUAAAGGAUCAAAUCACUCUUAACAAAGAAGCCCGUGAAGAAUCACGAAAAAGAUUGUUAAUUUACUUAGCGACUUGUGAGGGUAAUUAUCGACCGAGUAAUAUUGAUGAAUUAGAUGAAAGAGUGCGUGAUUACAUGACUAAUGAGGAAAAACUCCAAAAGAAAAUGGAAGAACUUGAAAAAAAACGUGUAGAGGAAACAGAAAAAUACCAAACUACUAGUAAAAUGCGAGAUGAGCAUAAAAAGGACAUGGAUGACCUUAAGCGAACAAACAAGGAAGAAAUUAAAGAUUUAAAAGAUACUCAUAGACAAGUAACGCAACAAAUAAUAGAAACUAGCGAAAAACAAAUAAAAUUAAUUCAAGAACAAAACAAACUAGACCGAGAGGCUAAUGAAAAAUUGCUGAAAGAGUAUCAGGGAAAAAAUAGUUCUUCCGAAGAUAAAAUAACUUCUGCUUUGGAAAGGUUGAACUCGAAUGAUAAAAGUAAUGAUAAUGAUGGUAAAUUGGCGGUAAGAAUAAAAGAAUUAGAAAAUAUUGAUAAUAAUGCACAAAGAACACAUGAGGCAAGAAUGCAAGAACUUAAAAAUCAGCAAAAUCAACAACAAAUUUCUCCACAAGUAGCAAGUAAAAAAGAAGAAGGAACUGGAUUUAUUGAAACCGUGGCCGCAGGUGCAACAACGGGAGCAAUUGGAGGUUCGGGAGUGCCAGGAUUGGGUACUGCCGCUGGUGCUGUUGUUGGUGGGAUAGCAGGUGCUUUUGGUUGGGGUGAUGCAUUUUUGGCUAUAAAUUCUGUUGAUGUUAUUUCUACCCCCGAACAAAAAAAGCAGGCUGAAGAGAUUAUGAUUUUGUGUAAAGAACAAGUGCGAGGGGAUGGUUAUUGUGACCCCAAUAAUCCAGCAAGCGAAUCAGAACUAGAGGCAAGAAUGGAUAAAAUAAAAGGUUGGAACGAAAACAAAGAGUAUCGCAACAAAUUAUAUAGUUGUAUGGAAUUGGAAGAUAGCAAUUAUGUUCGACAAACAUAUGAUUUUUUAACAAAAGUAAAAGAAAUAUUAGGAGAUGAAAAUUUUGACAACAAAAAUGACCUUGGGAAUUUCGGUUUUGCAUAUGAAGAUUUA